UUUUGCUUCUCUCUUCACUACUCCAUUCUAACUCUCUUUGCUCCUCCUCAUCUUGGUUUUAGUUGGUGUGGGUGAGGUGGGGGGAGGGUUUUUAAUUUGGUUUUGAAGCAAAGUUUUGGGAAAGAUGAUGAGUGGGAGAAGCAGCAGGUACCCUUUCACUCCAUCACAAUGGCAAGAGCUGGAGCACCAAGCCCUCAUUUACAAGUACAUGGUUUCAGGGAUCCCCAUCCCCUCUGAUCUCAUCCUCCCCAUUAGAAGAAGCUUCCUGCUUGACUCCACCAUCACCUCUCCCUCCCUUGCCCUCCCUCCUCAUCAGCCCCCCUCUUUGGGAUGGGGAUGUUUUCAGCUGGGGUAUGGCAGGAAGGCAGAGGACCCAGAGCCUGGGAGGUGCAGGAGAACAGAUGGCAAGAAAUGGAGGUGCUCCAAGGAGGCUUAUCCUGAUUCCAAGUACUGCGAGAAGCACAUGCACAGGGGCAAGAACCGUUCAAGAAAGCCUGUGGAAAUCUCUCUCGCCAACUCCUCCUCCUCCUCCUCCUCCUCUUCUUCCUCCUCCUCCUCUUCUUCCUCCUCCUCUUCUUCUUCUUCCUCUUCCUCUUCUUCUUCUUCCUCUUCUUCUUCUUCCUCUUCUUUAUCACACGGCCUCUCUCACUACCCUUCUUCUCUCUCCAUCUCUGCCGCACCGGAGCCCCACCACCACCUCCUCUACCCUUAUUACGGAACCAGACCCCCCUUCCACUGGGACAACACCUCUCCUUACUCUGCUGAGAAAGAUUACAGGUAUGGUCAUGGAAUGAAGGACGAGUACUCUUUCGUCUCGGAGGCCUCAGCGGGAGGGAGGGAGAGCUCGUGGCAGUUUAGGCCGCUGGGGAUGAGCUCCUUGGGAGACCCAAAACAUGGCUCGAAUGAGCUUUUCAAGGAAGCAGAAGAGGAGGAGGCCAAGCAGCAGCAGCACUGCUUUAUUCUGGGAGCUGAUUUUAAGCUCGAAAAGCCCGCGAAGACGGAGCGAGCCGAGCACGGCGAGGGCCAGAAGCCGCUGCGCCAUUUCUUCGACGAGUGGCCGCCGCAGAAGAGCAAGGAUUCGUGGAUGGACUUGGAAGGCGAGAAUGCCAGCUUGGCCUACUCCAAGACCCAGCUCUCCAUCUCCAUCCCCAUGGCUCACCACGACUUCUCCAUCGCCGCCCCCCGAUAUCGAAAUGAUGAAUGAGGUAUCAAGAGCUUUUUGAGAUGCAGUUGCUGCAUUUUUUAGUGUCUUCUUCUUCUUCUUCUUCUUCUUCUUCUUCUUCUCUUUCCUUUGUGUGUUCUAAGUUACUCAUUUUGUUUUACUCUCUAAGUUUGUAGGAAGCUAUGUGUUUGAGAUGUCCUUUUUUUCAUAUUAGAUGAUCUAUGUUGUGUUUGUUC